AUGUCGUCGGAGCGGCUGCCUUUCUUUCACGGCCACGUUUUUGAGAACUCACCGACAGCAUCCAAAGUAAACGGACUCAGCAUUCCGGUGAGACGUCUUAACACGCAGAAAUGGUGCCCAGCGUCUGGACUGCACUUGAAACUGUAUGGGAACGGGAGUGAAGAUUUCCGAGUUUUGACUCACCAUCACAGAGGAAAUGUAUUGCUGAAAACUUGUCGGGUUUUAGACCGGGAGCAGCGCUCUGCGUACGUCCUGGAGCUGGCGCUGCGCUGUCAGGGCUGUGGAGCGGAGUGCGGCGGUGCCCAUAUAGUCGCUUCUAUAAAAGUAGAUGUUUUGGACACGAACGAUCACGAACCAGUUUUUCGCAGUGCAGACGCGGUGCACAUAACUUUAGAUGACACGACAGCUCUCCGUAGUGUUGUGUACAGGUUUGAGGCUGUCGAUGCAGACCGUGGGAAGAACGCAGACUUAACGUACACGUCUGUCCCACAAAAUGGCAGUUUCUAUGUUGUCCCCAAAACAGGGCAACUUCUUUUAGUUGAUUCUAUCCUCGGCUUUUCAUCAAAAGUUAGUUUUAAUGUUUACGCCAGAGACCACGGCUGGCCCCCGCUGACCAGCGAGGCGGUCACGGUGACUGUGUCUCCGCAGCGUUGGCCCUCUGCUGAAUUAGCAGGGUCAGUGCGGUCAAGACGGGGAGCCAGGGCGUUACUUGACCCGGACACUCUGCUCUCUCUCAACGUGUCUGAAGACGCCAGCAUCGGCUCUGUAAUCACGAGCCUGAGUCCCAGCAGGUUUCAGUCAGCCGCCUACGAGCUGCUUCACCCGGAGCCCCACAAGUCCCCCGUGAGCGUGGGGCGCGACAGUGGAGAUAUCAUCAUUAGCAGGCGCCUGGACAGAGAAACAGAGCCUAUGGUGGAACUCACAGUUAAGAUCCAAGAUAAACGAGAUAAGGCCGAGGGGAGAACAGUAGUUUGCGAUUACUCUCUGUGUGGCACCGCUCGUGUUGACAUCCUCACCUUAAAGAAACCCACCUCCUCUGCACCUCUGCGCCGCUGCUACAGUAUAUGA